GAUCCCAGGGCCUAGCUCCCCAAACCGCUCAGGGUCCUGUGGACAGCUCGCCAGCUGUGAUGGCUGCAGGCCCUCGGACCUCCAUGCUCCUGGCUUUCACCCUGCUCUGCCUGCCCUGGCCUCAGGAGGCGGGUGCCUUCCCAGCCAUGCCUCUGUCCAGCCUGUUUGCCAACGCUGUGCUCCGCGCCCAGCACCUGCACCAGCUGGCUGCUGACACCUACAAAGAGUUUGAGCGCACCUACAUCCCGGAGGGACAGAGAUACUCCAUUCAGAACGCCCAGGCUGCCUUCUGUUUCUCGGAGACCAUCCCGGCCCCCACAGGCAAGGACGAGGCCCAGCAGAGAUCGGACGUGGAGCUGCUCCGCUUCUCGCUGCUGCUCAUCCAGUCUUGGCUCGGGCCUGUGCAGUUCCUCAGCAGGGUCUUCACCAACAGCCUGGUGUUUGGCACCUCGGACCGCGUCUAUGAGAAGCUGAAGGACCUAGAGGAAGGCAUCCAGGCCCUGAUGCGGGAGCUGGAAGAUGGCAGCCCCCGGGCUGGGCAGAUCCUCAGGCAAACCUACGACAAGUUUGACACAAACUUGCGCAGUGAUGACGCGCUGCUCAAAAACUACGGGCUGCUCUCCUGCUUCAAGAAGGACCUGCACAAGGCUGAGACCUACCUGCGGGUCAUGAAGUGUCGCCGCUUUGUGGAGAGCAGCUGUGCCUUCUAGUUGCUGGGCAAUCUGUUACCCCUCCCCAGCACCUCCCCUGACCCUGGAAAGUGCCACUCCAGUGCCCACCACCCUUUCCUAAUAAAAUGAGGUUGCAUCA